GCCCUUGGAUCCUCGAUCCUCUUCGCUUACCCUCAGCUCGCCACACUUGCUGGAGUCCAGGGCGUGGUUGUAUACGCCCUGUCCUCCGCUCUGCCCCUGCUGAUCUUCGCUGUACUUGGCCCAAUCAUCAGGCGUAAGUGCCCUCAGGGGUUCGUCCUCACCGAGUGGACCAGACAGCGGUACGGCAGGAUUGCAGCCUUGUAUCUUAGCUUCAUGACUCUCGUGACGCUCUUCCUGUACAUGGUCUCGGAGCUGUCCGCCGUUGGUCAGGUCAUUAAUCUCCUGACGGGCCUUGAUGGGCUACCCGUCUUGAUCGUGGAAUGCAUCGUCACAACCAUCUACACAUCUAUGGGAGGUUUCAAGAUCUCCUUCUUCACGGACAACAUCCAGGGAGUAAUGGUGAUUGGGCUGGUCAUAAUCGCAACUAUUACCAUCGGCGCCGAGACUGAGAUUGACCGGAGCCUUAUUGACUCUUCCGGGCUUACCCAGGCCAACCUCCUGGGGUGGCAGCUCAUUUACAUUCUCCCCGUGGCUAUCCUAACAAACGGCUUUUUCCUGUCUCACUACUGGCUACGCACCUUCGCCUCCAAAACCGACCGCGACCUCUGGAUCGGCGUAUCCUCCGCCACCGUCGCCAUCCUAGCCAUCCUCACCCUGGUAGGCUCAACCGGCCUAAUCGCCGCCUGGUCCGGGGUCUGGCCCGGCCCGCCUGACGCGCCCGUCGACGGAUCCGUCGCCUUCUUCGCGCUGCUAGGCCAGCUGCCGAGCUGGGUGGUGGGCAUCGUGGUGGUCAUGUCAGUCACCCUGAGCACGGCCUCGUUCGACUCGCUGCAGUCGGCCAUGGUGACCUCCGCGUCCAACGACCUGUUCCGCAACCGGCUCAACAUCUGGUGGAUCCGCGGAGGGGUCGUGCUCAUCAUGAUCCCCGUCGUCGUCAUCGCCAUCCGCGCCCCCUCCAUCUUGCAAAUCUACCUCAUCUCGGACCUCGUCUCGGCCGCCACCAUUCCUGUGCUCGUCCUCGGCCUGUCGGAUGCUUGCUACUGGUGGCGCGGGUUCGAGGUUGUGGUUGGCGGCCUCGGCGGGCUGUUCACCGUGUUCCUGUUCGGCACCGCCUACUACGGCGACGCGCGGCUCGGAGCGGAGCUGAUGCUCUUGCAGCAGGGGCUGUUUACGGGUGAUUGGGGUGCCUUUGGCGCGUUUGUGGCCGCUCCCCUGGGCGGGCUGAUCUGGGGCUUUGGCGCGCUGGUGCUGCGGCUGGCGAUUCAGUACGUCAUGGCCAGGGCUAAAGGGCGGAGGUUUGAUGCGCUUGAUCGCCCGGCUUAUCUCGAUGCGUCGUCGUACAGCGGCCAGGAUGUGGGCGGCGAUGGGGGCGUCGGCGAUGAGACGGAGGCGUCGUCUGAUGCGCCCGGCAUUGCCAAGACCACUGGGAGGUUCUUCUAG